UGGCAUCAUAGUGUUGUCACAUAAGGGAUGUCAACAUAGUACUCUCAUUGAAAAACAAAAACAAAAAAAGAAGAAAUUCUCAUACCCACAAAGAAGAAAACCCGACCCAAUUAUAAUAACCCAGCAAACUCAGUUAGUGUUUCUCUCUCUCGCUUUCUCCCUCGUCUAACUCUGAUUCUCCUCAUAGAGCGAGAACAAAGCUUCGUUGCCGCUAGCAAUCACACCAUUCGCUAAGUCAUGGCCACAUUGGACUCUGACGUGCCGAUGGUUCCGGUGGGCGAGGCUUCGAGCAGUGCUGGUCCUUCUUCGACCAAGAGGCCCAAGCGGUUCGAGAUCAAGAAGUGGAAUGCUGUUGCUCUCUGGGCUUGGGAUAUUGUGGUUGAUAACUGUGCCAUUUGCAGGAACCAUAUCAUGGAUCUCUGCAUCGAGUGCCAAGCGAACCAGGCAAGUGCCACAAGUGAGGAGUGUACGGUUGCUUGGGGGGUCUGUAACCAUGCAUUCCACUUCCAUUGCAUAAGCCGAUGGCUGAAAACGCGCCAAGUGUGUCCGUUGGAUAACAGUGAGUGGGAGUUUCAGAAGUACGGUCACUAGAACCUUCAUGUGGUCGAGUGUAGGAUCUUCUAUGCACUUAGUCAAGUGUUGGAUAUCUUCUGCGCACUUUCUACGCUGGAGGUGUCGAGGAGGGUCUUAACCCCCUAUGUCUAUCAUCUUUUCUUUGUGCUUAUUUUUCUUCUCAACUUUAAAUCAACCGAGCCCGUAUAUUUUUGUUUAGCAUUCAGCUACUCAAGUGCGUGAUUAUGGAUUUGCCACAGUAAAAGUUAUAAUUGCCUUGCCCUGUUAUUAUCAUUAAGAAUGAACUAUAAAUUUUCAACUCUCUCUUUUGCAGGCA